CCCUCCCCUCUUCCUCUCGCGUUGGUUCCGCCCGGAGAGCCUUCGUCCCUGCUGCUGCCGCCGCCGGUCCCUGCUGCCGCUCGCGCCCGUCUUCGCUCCGGGGCCGCUCGGGCGUUUUCUCUCUGCCUUAAAGUCGGGUGUCUUUUAUGAAUAAUCAAAAGCCGCAGAAGCCGACGCUAUCAGGCCAGCGUUUUAAAACCAGAAAAAGAGAUGAAAAAGAGAGGUUUGACCCUACUCAGUUCCAGGACUGUAUUAUUCAAGGUUUAAGCGAAACCGGCACUGACUUGGAGGCAGUAGCAAAGUUUCUUGAUGCUUCUGGUGCAAAACUUGACUAUCGCCGCUAUGCAGAAACGCUUUUUGACAUCCUGGUGGCUGGUGGAAUGCUGGCCCCAGGUGGUACCCUGGCAGAUGACAUGACACGCACAAACGUCUGUGUAUUUGCAGCACAGGAAGACCUAGAAACCAUGCAAGCAUUUGCUCAGGUUUUUAACAAGCUAAUCAGGCGUUACAAGUACCUGGAGAAAGGCUUUGAAGAUGAAGUCAAAAAGUUGCUGCUGUUCCUGAAAGGGUUCUCCGAGUCUGAGCGGAACAAGCUGGCCAUGUUGACGGGUAUCCUGCUCGCCAACGGGACACUGAACGCAUCGAUUCUCAACAGUCUGUACAACGAGAACUUGGUUAAAGAAGGCGUUUCUGCAGCUUUUGCAGUCAAGCUGUUCAAAUCAUGGAUAAACGAGAAAGAUAUUAAUGCAGUGGCUGUCAGUCUUCGUAAAGUAAACAUGGAUAACAGGCUGAUGGAACUCUUCCCAGCCAACAAACAGAGUGUUGAACACUUCUCCAAGUACUUCACUGAAGCAGGACUGAAGGAACUUUCUGAGUAUGUUCGGAACCAGCAAAGCAUAGGAGCUCGGAAGGAGCUGCAGAAGGAACUUCAGGAGCAGAUGUCACGGGGAGAUCCGUUCAAGGAUAUAAUCUUGUACGUGAAGGAGGAGAUGAAGAAAAACAACAUCUCGGAGCAGACCGUGGUAGCCAUAAUCUGGUCAAGUGUCAUGAGCACAGUGGAAUGGAACAAAAAGGAGGAGCUGGUCGCAGAGCAAGCCAUUAAGCACUUGAAGCAAUACAGCCCUCUACUUGCUGCCUUUACUACCCAAGGUCAGUCAGAGCUGACUCUUCUGUUGAAGAUUCAAGAGUAUUGUUAUGACAACAUUCACUUCAUGAAGGCCUUCCAGAAAAUAGUGGUGCUCUUCUACAAAGCUGAAGUUCUGAGUGAAGAACCCAUCCUCAAGUGGUACAAGGAUGCGCAUCUUGCAAAAGGAAAGAGUGUUUUUCUGGAGCAAAUGAAAAAGUUUGUUGAAUGGCUCAAGAAUGCUGAAGAAGAGUCGGAGUCUGAAGCUGAAGAGGGUGACUGACCUGUGAAACUGUCCUCAGUAAAGCAAACAGGAGCUGUACAUAUGUGUCAUGUCUCAUGUGUCCUUCUGAUUCUUACAUCCUACCUCCCUGUAUCAAGCAUGAUAUAAGGGCUCUCAUGGCAAUUUAUUUUAACUGUUUUCUAUAGUUAUUGGAAUACUGGGUUUAGUUUUUAAAACCAUGUUUUAAGUAGCUUACAGGAGCUAUUAUAGAUUUGACUCUAACCUGCAUUUGUCCUUUCAGUUAUAUUCUACCUCCUGUAUUUUCUACUGUAAUAAUGUAAUUUAAGGCCUUCCACAAUGAAAUCCAUUUUACCCCUUGGGUUUUCUAUCUCUAUUUGAGUAGACAUGAUACGGUGAAUGGCAGUUCCGUUUGCAAAUUAAACUGUAAAAAGUCUCCAAAGUGAAGAGGCCAUGGCUUGUGUCGUAACUUGGUGUUUCACUUCCGUCCCUGCCACUUGCUCCACGUAACCCCAUUCAUCGGUGGUUGUCUGUCUCCCCGAGGACUUAAUUAAUUGUCUCUUUACUUCCAGCAUAAAGCAAUCCUCUAUCCCAGCUGCUGGGCGAGGUGGCUGCCCCACUCCUGGGAGCUCAGUGUCCUACUGGAGAGAAGCUGUUCUGGUGGCACUGAAGAGUAACUGGUGGGGCAGGAGGAGUGGCACCUCUGAGCCCGCUGGCUGUCCCAGCUGGUGGCCCCUGCCCCUGCUCUGCAGUCAGGGGUCACUGGUGGGGGGUCUCUCACGGACGAGAGGUCCCGCUGCUCAGGUGAGGUGGAAAAACCCUCCCCUCUCCCUCUGACGCUGCGGGGUUAUUUUAUGCUGGCAGUUGGCGUGUCAAACCAAACAGCUCGUCUGCUCCCUGAAACUUGGAAUUCCUGAUGGAAAUUCUCAGGACAGCUUGUAAUUCAAGAAAGAUUGGGUAAGAGUGAAGUCUAUAUAGUUGUAAGCUAAUAAUGAACAUUAACUGAAAUACUGGUAACCAGAGUACACCUACUAAAAUGUAAAAAGAAAAAUUUAAAUGGGUGAUCACAAUGCCAUCUGUUCGAUACUACAGUCAUCUUCCUUACUUUGUAACUUUUUUUUUAAACAAAUAAAGGCCAUCCUUACACUUAA